AUGAGCGACACAGGCUCUGGCGACCUUCAGUCAAAGAACGAAUUCCAGCAUCUGGAGUUAAGUGAAUCGGGUCCUCCUGUCCAAUUGGAAGGAGCAGUCCAUUCGUCGUCAAUGGAAUCUAGUACUUCUCGCCAGGCGGUCGACUGGCCACAAUGGAAGAAGAAUACUAUGAUUUUAAUGGUCUCAUUUCACUCCAUGAUCUCAGUGUUCAUGGCAGCAGGAGUCGUGCCAGCAGUUUCUUCAUUAGCAGAAUCUUAUGGCGUGUCCCUUGCUGACGCAAGCUACCUGGUAUCCUUUCAAAUCGUACUACUUGGAAUAGCACCAAUUUUCUGGAUUGUCAUCACAGAAAGAUAUGGCCGCCACUAUAUCCUGAUCUUUUCGGUCCUUGCGAGUAUGGUAUGCAAUAUCGGAGGCGCCCGGUGCGACAGUUACGCUAGCCAAAUUAUCACUCGUGUUUUGACUGCAGCUUUCAUAUCUCCACCGAUUGGAAUUGGAAGUGGAGUGGUGGCUGAACUAUCCACUCCGGAUGAAUAUGCCCGGAAGGUGGGAUGGUGGGUUUUGAUGACCAUCCUCGGUACCCCGGCUGGUCCCUUUAUCAUGGGAUUCGUGGUGCAGCACAUUCGAGUGGAAUUCAUAUUCUGGAUAUUUGCCAUCAUCAAUUUCUUGCAAGCGGUCGCUUAUAUCUGCCUUGGCGGGGAGACACUUCGUGUUAGGGAACCUGAGAAUGAUGCUGAUGCUGCCGAAGAAAAAGUCUCGAUCUUCCGUGGGUUGCUGCCCAAACGACUUGAUGCGCGUCCCAUCAGAAUAUCGGAUUUUGUGUCUCCAUUCCGCCUAGCCAAGAACCCUCGGAUCUUGAUAGCAGCUCUAGCUACUGCUAUCACCUUCUGCUAUGCAAAUAUCGUCUUCGUGGUCGAGAUGCCCCUCACUUUUGGGGAGAAAUUCCAUCUCGAUGCUCAACAAACCGGUCUCCAGUUCAUCCCCAUCAUCAUUGGAUGCGUCAUUGGAGAGCAGAUCGGUGGGCCAAUGUCCGACUACUUCAUGAAGGUCUAUCGAAAGCGCAAAGGCCGAGUCUGUCCGGCCGACCGCCUCUGGCUGACUUAUAUUGGCUUCCUCACUAUCAUUGCUGGUCAGCUCGUUUGGGGGUUUCAACUUGAGCGGGCGAAAUCUUGGAAUGUGACCCCCUGUGUUGGAAUUGCCAUUGCCAGCUUUGGCAAUCAGAUUCAAUCUACCAUUCUCACUGCGUAUGCCAUCGAUACUUCGCCCAGUGGCUCUGCCUCAAUUGGAGUGUUGUUCAACGUUAUCAGGCUACUUUAUGGUUUCACUAAUACGGCCGGGCUCAUGAGUGGAAUCGUCGUUGUAGGUGGAAUUAUCCCAACAUUGAUUGUCCAGGUUACCAGUCCACGGGAAUAA